CCCCCGGCCCGGGCAGCGCGGCGGCGGCGGCGGCGCAGCGAGGCCGGCGGGGCGGCCGGAGGAUGCGGGCGGGGCGGGCGCGCUGCCGUUCCCGGGUCGGGCAGCUAGAGAGCAGUGCAGGGAGCGCCAGCCCGAGCCCUGCGCUCCCUUCCUGUGGGCAAGGCCGACAGCGGAGCCGAGCGCCGGCCGAGGCCCGGCCCGGCCGCCCCCGCUCCGCUCGCCCAUGGCGGAGACCAAGAUCAUCUACCACAUCGACGAGGAGGAGACGCCGUACCUGGUGAAGCUGCCCGUGCCGCCGGAGAAAGUCACGCUGGCCGAUUUCAAAAAUGUCCUCAGCAACCGGCCCGUGCACAGCUACAAGUUCUUCUUCAAGUCCAUGGACCAGGAUUUCGGGGUGGUGAAGGAAGAGAUCUCGGAUGACAAUGCAAAGCUCCCUUGCUUCAACGGAAGAGUGGUGUCCUGGCUGGUCCUGGCUGAGAGCUCCCACUCUGACACGGGCUCCCAGUGCACCGAGAGCCACGUGGAGCUCCCCCCAGCCCUGGAGAGGACAGGAGGCAUCGGAGACUCCCGGCCCCCCUCGUUCCACCCCAACGCUGCCAGCAGCAGGGAUGGCCUGGACAACGAGACCGGCACCGAGUCCGUGCUCAGCCACCGGCGCGAGCGGCACCGGCGCAGGAACCGCGAGGGCCACGAGGACGCCCCCAGGAUCAACGGGCACCCCAAGGACAGGCACCGGGAGCACCCCCCGGGCUACGACAGCUCCUCCACCAUGCUGAGCAGCGAGCUGGAGUCCAGCAGCUUCAUCGACUCUGAGGAGGAUGACAACACCAGCAGGCUGAGCAGCUCCACGGAGCAGAGCACCUCGUCCCGCCUCAUCCGCAAGCACAAGCGCCGGCGGAGGAAACAGAGGAUGCGGCAGAUCGACAGGUCGUCCUCGUUCAGCAGCAUCACUGACUCCACCAUGUCCCUAAACAUCAUCACUGUCACACUCAACAUGGAAAAGUACAACUUCCUGGGAAUCAGCAUUGUGGGGCAGAGCAAUGACCGGGGCGACGGUGGCAUCUACAUCGGCUCCAUCAUGAAGGGAGGGGCGGUGGCAGCGGACGGGCGCAUCGAGCCGGGGGACAUGCUGCUGCAGGUGAACGAUGUCAAUUUUGAGAACAUGAGCAAUGACGAUGCCGUUCGGGUUCUGCGGGAAAUCGUCUCCAAGCCAGGACCUAUCAGCCUAACAGUAGCCAAAUGCUGGGACCCUACUCCCAGGAGUUAUUUUACCAUCCCCAGGGCUGAGCCGGUGCGGCCGAUCGACCCCGCGGCGUGGAUCUCUCAUACCACGGCCAUGACGGGAGCGUACCCCCGUUACGGUAUGAGCCCCUCCAUGAGCAUCACCACAUCUACCAGCUCCUCACUAACAAGCUCAAUUCCCGAGUCGGAAAAGCUGGAAGAAUGUCCCCUGACUGUGAAGAGUGACAUGGCCACCAUUGUCAAGGUCAUGCAGCUGCCAGACUCAGGCCUCGAAAUUCGGGACAGGAUGUGGCUGAAAAUCACCAUCUCCAACGCAGUGAUCGGAGCAGAUGUGGUGGACUGGCUUUACACACACGUGGAAGGCUUCAAGGACCGCCGGGAGGCCAGGAAAUACGCCAGCAGCAUGCUGAAACACGGCUACCUCAGGCACACUGUGAACAAAAUCACCUUCUCAGAGCAGUGCUACUACGUCUUCGGAGACCUCUGUGGCAAUCUGGCUGCACUGAACCUCAACAACGGUUCCAGCGGCGCCUCGGACCAGGACACCCUGGCUCCACUCCCACACCCUGCUGCUCCCUGGCCCUUGGGCCAAGGAUAUCCCUACCAGUACCCUCUGCCCCCUCCUUGUUUCCCACCAGCCUACCAAGACCCGGGCUUUAGCUAUGGCAGCGGCAGUGCAGGCAGCCAGCAGAGUGAAGGGAGCAAAAGCAGCGGCUCCAACCGGAGCACCAGCGAGACCAGCAGGAGAGGAGCGGGCAGGGAGAAGGAGCGCAAGUCCGGGGGCAGCGGCAGCGAGUCGGAGCCCGGCGCUCGCCGCGAGCGGCCGCUCAGCCAGCUCAGCCAGCGCUCCGCCAGCGACAGGAGCCACCAGAGCCACCACUCCUACGGGCCCCCGGGGGUGCCACCCUUGUACAGCCUGCCCAAACUGGGCUCCAAGGUGCUGGGCAGCAGCGGCCCGCCCGGAGGGCCGCCGGUGCGCGAGCUGAGCGCCGUGCCGCCCGAGCUCACCGGGAGCCGCCAGUCCUUCCAGAAGGCCAUGGGCAACCCUUGCGAGUUCUUCGUGGACAUCAUGUGAGAGAGGAAGUGCCUUCAAAAGACUCCGCACAGGGUUUUUGGGGUUUUUGUUUUGGGGGGGGGUGGGUGGGUUGUGGGAUGCUCGGUUGGAAGAGGCUUGGCUGUCUUGCAUGUCACACCUUCCCGUUCGCGAGUGCGUCGCAGAAAAGAACAAAAAAAAAAAAUCGACAAAACUGAACAGAAAAAAAGAAAAAAAAAAUACAAACCUCCCUCCUCCCACCUAGAAAAACGAACAAGAGAAUCUCCCGGGAUUGUUAAAUAUCAGCAAAUCGACGGCAUCUUUUCGUUACCUUUAUUUUUCCUCCCCUCCCCGUCUCGUUUUGGAUCGUGAAUGGCUGGUGUAUAUUCACAUCUUAAUGAGCUUUGGUCAUUGUGGCACCUACUUCAGUGGAAUUAGUGUCUCUUUCUGGGCUGGUCGGAGGACUGGUAUUUCACGUGACUUCUAAAUUCCUGACAAUGCAUAGGAGCACUUUGAUUUUUUAUUUUUUUUCCCUGCUUUUUCUCUUGCAAGGACAAAAGGACUGCUGGCUGGUAUCUGGGAUACUGCCUUGGAAUGCUGGUUCUUGGAUGCACCCAUAGCUCUGAGCAGACAUGGCACCCACAAGGGCUUGGAAAGGAGCAGGAUCCAACCGAUUCCUAGAGGAAAACAAACUUGGGGCUGCUUUCUGCUGACCAGGCAGUAUAAAUCAAUUUUUCUUGAGUUCUUUAAGGGUUUUUUUUUGAAGAUAUUCUAUCAAGGGAGUGCUGGAGUCUUGCUACUGUGUGUGUUUACUGUGCAGAACUUGUAAAGUUGUUUCCUUCAGGUAUUUCCUUAUUUCCCAAGAGUGAUUUUCCAGCUGCACUCGGUUCCUGGGCGUUUCAGCCACAUCUGCUGCCAGGUGUGGUGUGGCUGUUCCCUCUGGAUGUGCACUUGCUUGCAGGUUGGAAGAGUUAUUCCCACAGAAAUAGGAAAAUUGCUGCAGUUCUGCCAGCUUUGCCCUUCUGAAGGUGCUGUUUAUCCCAUUCCAGCAGAGAAACCCUGGCUCCCGUGGGACGUGGCUCUUCUUUGUGAUCCCUCCUUCCUUUCCGAGCACAAUCUUUCUCUUUUCUGUUAAAACAGAGACCUGGAGAUGUCUGACCCCCCUGGGAGCAUUUCUGAGCACAGCGGGCAGAGAGGUGUGAGGGUGUCUGAGAACAGACCAGAAAUGGUACAGAAAGAAAUCCGUACCCCUGACACAGCAUGAGAGCCACCCUGGAGCUCCCUAAAAAUAAAUCCCUACCCCUGACACGUCAUGAGAGCCACCCUGGAGCUCCCCAAAAAGAAAUCCUUACAUUUGACACUGAGUGAGAGCCACCCUGGAGCUCCCCAAAAAGAAAUCCUUACCCUGACACGGAGUUAGACCCACCCUGGAGCUCCCCAAAAGAAAUCCUUACCCUGACUCUGAGUUAGAGCCACCCUGGAGCUCUCCAAAAAGAAAUCCUUACCCCUGAUAAGAAGUUGGACCCACCCUGGAGCUCCCCAAAAAGAAAUCCUUACCCUGACUCGUCCUCCUGCUGAGCAGCUCUGCUGUUGAACAUCCCCAGGACUGAGUUUCUGGCUGUUUCCUGCUCUGAGGCUGUGACAGUAAAUUCAGGCAGCUUCAGGGAUGUUUCAGAAGCUUUUUUGAGGCCCGGUGAGCACAGCCGUGCUCUCGUGUGGCUCCUUUCAGGAGGUGCAGCCCCUCUGGUGUGUGACCAUGGGGCCAUUCCUCAGCUCAGUUCUCUCUUGUGAGAUCCCUGCUGCUGGCAGGAUUUGGAGCAGGUGCUUUGAAAUCAGUUUUUACUGUAAAUAAGCAUUUUCUCCACUGGUAAGGAGCUGCUUUUUGGUCUGUUCUGCGCUUGUUGGGUAAAUAGCCAAGGUGGAUGUGAGGAGAGAACAUCUUUGUCUCUGUACACACGCAGUUCAUUUGUCACCCUGAAAAAUGACCCUUCCAAAUCUCCUUUUAGUUCUGAUUUUUCACUUCUUUCCUUUUUCCCACCUCCCUCUGUCAGAGACUCCAGGGGUUGGUGGGAAUGGGAGACUCGAUUUCUCCUUCCACAGGGAGCCAGGAAUCAGGGAAGCUCUCUCUCAGCCCAUUUCUGGGCUUCUGAAUUCAUUUUCUUUACAAAAACCUCCCCAAAAAAAGCUGCCCGAGGCUUUUGAAAGCAGAGCUUUCAUCACCACCCAUGGAUGGCUCCUCCAAAAGAGGCCCUGCCCAAACCUUGACUGUACAACAGGACUUCUCUUUCCCUUCCCUCCUCCUCCCAGAUGCAAACCCGACUUGGUAAAUUAUUCUGAAGGAUUGACGCUUAAAUAAAUUAUUCUGAAAAUAAUGACACUUAAAUCAGGGUAAAAGCGUGGUGGAAAUCUGCUCUGUCUCCAGGAGACACUGCUGAGCAGUCUGUGACUUUACUGACAAUCACUUGAAACUCAUUGAGAUUUUUCUGGCAUUUUAUAAAUUACCAUUCCUCUGGCCCUGUUUGUUUUAAGGCAGAACUCAGAGGGCUGGAGGAAAAAAACCCCAAUAAUCUCCUUUUAAUACUUCCAAAAAAAAGGAUUGAAGCUGGGGAGCUGAGCUUUUCACCCGUGUUUAAUUUCCAGGAGCUGCAGUUUUCACACCUGCCGGGGCUUCGCUUUUGUCUCGUGGUUUUGCUGUUGGCAGAAGCUGUUCUGUGUCUCGCUGCUCUUUGCUGCUAUGUUGAAAAAUGACUUUUUUUUCUAAACGUGUGUGCUCGUGGGUCACCCUGGGAUGAAGCUGCGAGUCCCCAGCAGGUGUGGGAAUUGUUUUUUCUGAGGAAAUCGGGCAGGGAAGGAGCUCUGGGGUUGUUCCACAGGCGGAUCCUGCAGAGAGAGCAGGAGGGAGCAGUGCCCCUCUUGAACAGUGCAAUAUUCAGCAGUGACACAAAAAUCUGCAUUUUUUUUUCCCCCCUGUGAACAGGCUGGGCUGAAGGUCAGCUCCGAAUCUUUGCCAGAUCUGUUUCCUCAAGGGAACCAAAAGGAGAUUUCCCAAAUCCCACCCCUGGCCUUCCCAUCCUUUGUGUCUGUCCUGAUGGGCACAGCAUUCCCUGCAGGAACCUGUGCCAGCUGUGCCAGGGGAGCUGCUCGCAGGGGGGAUUGUGCCAGGGGGAAGGAGAUUUGGAGGCUGGGGUGCUGCUGGGCACAGCAUUCCCUGCAGGAACCUGUGCCAGCCGUGCCAGGGGAGCUGCCCGCAGGGGGAUUGUGCCAGGGGGAAGGAGAUUUGGAGGCUGGGGUGCUGGGCACAGCAUUCCCUGCAGGAACCUGUGCCAGCCGUGCCAGGGGAGCUGCCCGCAGGGGGAAUUGUGCCAAGGGGAAGGAGAUUUGGAGCUGGGGUGCUGCUGGGCACAGCAUUCCCUGCAGGAAGCUGUGCCAGCUGUGCCAGGGGAGCUGCCCCCAGGGGGAAUUGUGCCAGGGGGAAGGAGAUUUGGAGGCUGGAGUGCUGCUGGGCACAGCAUUCCCUGCAGGAACCUGUGCCAGCUGUGCCAGGGGAGCUGCCCACAGGGGGAAUUGUGCCAGGGGGAAGGAGAUUUGGAGCUGGAGUGCUGCUGGGCACAGCAUUCCCUGCAGGAACCUGUGCCAGCCGUGCCAGGGGAGCUGCCCCCAGAGGGAACUGUGCCAGGGGGAAGGAGAUUUGGAGGCUGGGGUGCUGCAGAGCCAGCAUUCCCUACCCUGCAGGGCCCGCAGGGGCAUUUUGAUGGAGCGGCUCCAGGGCCUGGGGACACCCCCAGGGCAGGAGCCUGAAGGAAUUCCUCAGUUUGCUUUUGGAACUCCAGGAGUUUUCGUUCUGCAGCUGAGCUCAGUGCUCGCCCUCCCUGCAGCAGGGAUGUCUGGGGGCCCCUGGAGAAGGUGAGGAAGCACUUUGGGGUGGCAUCUCCCUCCCCCAGAGGCAGGAUCUGCAGGGGGUGUCUCCACCCACCGUUUGACCCCCGGAGAGGAAAUUUUUUGGCAAAUAGUCUUGAAAGCACGCUGGUGUCCUUUGCCUCCUGUUAAAGAACCUGCUUUUCCAAGGAAUCAGUGCCCUGGACACUUUAUCCAAAGGUUUUCUUGGAUGGCAAGCAGUGAUGCACAGCUGUUGACUUCUGCUAGGAUUUUUGUUCUCUCUGAUUUUCGUUCUCUCCCCUCCUGAGACUUGACAGCUCGUGGGUUGAUGUAAUUUUUUGUUUUGGUUUUUUUUUGUUGUUUUUUUUUUUUUUUUUUUUUUUUUUGUUUGAUUUUUUUUUGUUUUGGUUUUCUUUUGGUUUUUUUGUUUUCCAUUUAACUGGAUUGUAAUGAGAUUGACUUAAAAUUAUUAAUUCUAAUCAGUGAUUAGAAAUACAUGUAAAGAAUUUUAUGUACAGUAGAGGAACAAAGUUACAUGAUUUUAAAUAAUGAAAAACCCAGACUAUCACCUAUCCUAGAACUGGUUCUACUCCAAGAGUGACCUCUUAUUAGCAUGGACUGCACUGUUCAUUUAAAUGUCUAUUGCAUAAUUGAAUUCUUUUUUGUAGAUAUUGUAUUAAAACCCAAGUGUCUGUAUAGUUAAUAUAUAGCUGCUUAUGUGUAAAUGCUAUUUUAAACACUAAAAAGCUUUUAAUUUUAUGUGAUAA